AGCAGACUGUCAAUGGCUUUUGGGACGUGUUUUAUUUGAAUGCAUGGACUUUUAAAAAGAUUUCGUCCAAAGGAACCUCGUGCAGUAAUGGAUAUCUUAUGGAUAUUAUGGAUACUACCCACUGUAUUAGCUGUAGAAGAAACGCUGAUGGACUCCACGACAGCCACUGCCGAGCUGGGCUGGACGGUGUAUCCCACCUCCGGGGUGAGUGACAGCACCAGUUGGGAGGAGGUGAGCGGCUACGACGAGAACAUGAACACCAUCCGCACCUACCAGGUGUGCAACGUCUUCGACAACAACCAGAACAACUGGGUGCGCACCAAGUACAUCCGCCGACGCGGCGCCCAGCGCAUCCACGUGGAGAUGAAGUUCUCCGUGCGCGACUGCAGCAGCAUCCCCAACGUCCCCGGCUCAUGCAAGGAGACCUUCAACCUGUACUACUACGAGUCCGACUCGGACACGGCCAGCAAGACGUCCCCGGCCUGGAUGGAGAACCCCUGGGUGAAGGUGGACACCAUCGCGGCCGACGAGAGCUUCUCGCAGGUGGACCUGGGUGGGCGGGUGAUGAAGAUCAACACGGAGGUGCGCAGUUUCGGGCCCGUGUCGCGCCACGGUUUCUACCUGGCCUUCCAGGACUACGGCGGCUGCAUGUCGCUCAUCGCAGUGCGGGUCUUCUACCGGAAGUGCCCCCGCGUCAUACGCAACGGGGCGGUCUUCGGGGAGACGCUGUCGGGGGCAGAGAGCACGUCUCUGGUGGCGGCGCGCGGCGUGUGCGUGCCCAACGCGGAGGAGGUGGACGUGCCCAUCAAGCUCUACUGCAACGGCGAGGGGGAGUGGAUGGUGCCCAUCGGACGCUGCAUGUGCAAGGCCGGACACGAGGCCGUGGACAACGGCACCGUCUGCAGAGCUUGCCCGUCCGGCUACUUUAAGCCCACCCAGGGGGACGAGUCCUGCAUACAGUGUCCCAUGAACAGCCGAACCACCAACGAGGGAGCCACCACCUGCGUCUGCCGAAACGGCUACUACCGGACGGACUCGGACCCCCUGCGCAUGCCCUGCACCACGGUCCCUUCGGCGCCCCAGAGCGUGAUCUCCAGCGUGAACGAGACGUCUCUGAUGCUGGAGUGGGUGUCUCCGCGGGACGCGGGCGGGCGGGAGGACGUGGUGUACAACAUCAUCUGUAAGAGCUGUGGGGCGGGGCGCGGGGGCUGCACACGCUGCGGGGACAACGUGCAGUUCGUCCCGCGCCAACUGGGCCUCACCGAGCCGCGCGUCUACAUCAGCGACCUGCUGGCCCACACGCAGUACACCUUCGAGAUCCAGGCCGUCAACGGCGUCUCAGACCAGAGCCCCUACUCCCCGCACUACUCCUCCGUCAACAUCACCACCAACCAGGCCGCGCCCUCAGCUGUGUCCAUCAUGCACCAGGUGAGCCGGACUGUGGACAGCAUCACGCUGUCCUGGUCCCAGCCCGAUCAGCCCAACGGGGUCAUUCUGGACUACGAGCUCCAGUACUACGAGAAGGACCUGACAGAAUACAAUUCCUCCACGGUGAAGAGCCAGACCAACACGGUGGUCAUUCGAGGCCUCAAGCCAGGAGCCAUCUACGUGUUCCAGGUGCGGGCCAGGACCGUAGCCGGCUUUGGACGCUACAGCGGAAAGAUGUACUUCCAGACCAUGACUGAAGAGGAAUACAACACCAGCAUGCAGGAGAAACUACCCCUCAUCAUCGGCUCUGCCGCAGCCGGCCUGGUCUUCCUCAUCGCCAUCGUGGUCAUCAUCAUCGUCUGCAACCGGAGGAGAGGGUUCGAGAGGGCGGACUCCGAGUACACAGACAAACUGCAGCACUACACCAGUGGCCACAUGACUCCAGGAAUGAAGAUCUAUAUUGAUCCGUUUACAUAUGAGGACCCCAACGAGGCUGUACGGGAGUUUGCCAAGGAGAUUGACAUCUCCUGUGUGAAGAUCGAGCAGGUGAUCGGCGCAGGCGAGUUUGGAGAAGUCUGCAGUGGGAACCUGAAGCUCCCAGGAAAGAGGGAGAUGUUCGUGGCCAUCAAGACCCUGAAGUCGGGCUACACGGAGAAGCAGCGGCGGGAUUUCCUGAGCGAGGCCAGCAUCAUGGGCCAGUUUGACCACCCCAACGUGAUCCACCUGGAGGGCGUGGUCACCAAGAGCAGCCCAGUCAUGAUCGUCACCGAGUUCAUGGAGAACGGCUCGCUGGACUCCUUCCUCCGACAAAACGACGGGCAGUUCACGGUGAUCCAGCUGGUGGGCAUGCUGAGGGGCAUCGCCUCGGGGAUGAAGUACCUUGCCGACAUGAACUACGUGCACCGCGACCUGGCCGCCCGCAACAUCCUGGUCAACAGCAACCUGGUGUGCAAGGUGUCCGACUUCGGCCUGUCCCGCUUCCUGGAGGAUGACACGUCAGACCCCACGUACACCAGCGCCCUGGGAGGGAAGAUCCCCAUCCGAUGGACCGCCCCGGAGGCAAUUCAGUACAGGAAGUUCACCUCGGCCAGUGACGUGUGGAGCUACGGCAUCGUCAUGUGGGAGGUCAUGUCCUACGGAGAGCGGCCUUACUGGGACAUGACCAAUCAAGACGUGAUCAACGCCAUCGAGCAGGACUACCGGCUGCCGCCACCCAUGGACUGCCCCAGCGCGCUCCACCAGCUCAUGCUGGACUGCUGGCAGAAGGACCGCAACAACCGGCCCAAGUUCAGCCAGAUCGUCAACAACCUGGACAAGAUGAUCCGCAACCCCAACAGCCUAAAGGCCAUGACCCCGCUGUCUUCUGGUGUCCACCUGCCCCUGCUGGACCGCAGCCUGCCAGAUUUCUCCAGCUUCAGCACCGUAGAUGAUUGGCUGGAUGCCAUCAAAAUGGGCCAGUACAAAGAGAACUUUGCCAACGCUGACUUUACCAGCUUUGAUGUAGUCUCCCAGAUGACUAUGGAUGACAUCCUGAGGGUCGGGGUGACACUAGCGGGGCACCAGAAGAAGAUCCUCAACAGCGUCCAGAUGAUGCGAGCCCAGAUGAACCAGAUCCAGUCUGUUGAAGUUUGACCGCUGGGGACGGACGUGGGGUAUGAGGGGGGUACUACCCUGGACCCUGAGCCCGGGCUUCCUGUAUGACCAUCUUCCUCCCUGGACAUCCCUGUUCCCCAAAAACGCUCUCUACACUCCUCUUCCCUUUGUGCUUCCCCUGCCAACCUCCUGCCCGUGGGGACUCCUCCAGGCCAGCCUCCUGCCCGUGGGGGCUCCUCCAGGCCAGCGUCCUGCCCGGGCAGAUCCAUGGUCACGCACAGGGUGGUGAAUGUUGUCAUCUCCUUAAAACUUCCAUCAUCUGCAGAAGAACCACUCUUACAUUUUCUUCCAGCAUUUUCUUUUGUUCUUUUUCAGAAUUUUGUAGAGAAUUUUUUUAAGGAAAAAAAAAAUGGUAAGAAUACAGCAAGAAGAUCUAUAUAAGGUGAACUGAACGAGAAGGCUACCCUUUAAAAGGGCAAAGAAAUCAGACGCGAAGGUGGUGAGAAAUGGCACAGGCCUCCAAAGCAGCACGGAUCCUUAUUCUCCGUGUUGUGCUGAGAAGAUUCCGGUGCUGUUGUCUCUCACAGCCAUUCUGACAAGGAGGAUUCGCAGAAGAAACGUAAGGAACAUGAAUAAUAAUCCUGUUGUUGACACGGGAGAAAAUACAAACUGCUCUUACCAUGAAAUGGACCUUUGAUUGGCAGCACUUACUUACGAGAACAGUUUUAGAAAGAAUUCAGUAACUAUGCCGAUUUAAAAGAUUUAAAACAAAAACAAAACAAAACAAAAAAAAACUUAAAGCAGAGGACUCUGGAUGGCCUUGCCAUGGUUAACCUCUUAGAGAGUGUGGAGUUUGUAAUGGACUUUUUUUUUUUUUUGCUUCUUUCACCAUGAAACAAGUGUUUAUUUUUUAUUACAUCACAGUCUGCCAAAUGGGACAUCCUCCCUGCGUACCUCUGAUGUCAUCAUCCUGUACAUAUCAGAUACACUUGACAUUGUGAUGUCAUCACCAGGAGCCUGUUUUUGUCCGUCAGGCUCCCCUCCGUGUUUUGAGUUUGGGAUUUGAUGGAUUGACUCACAAACUCUUUUUAGGGUGGCUGGAGGGAGGUUAUUAUUUGUUGUCAUUAAUAUUUUUCUUUAUUUUAUUUUUUUCCAAAAGUUAGUUGUGGACCUUAAAGAUUUGGUAACAUAAAUGACAUUGUGCAGUCUUCCUCCAUGACUGUCGAGCUGUUUUGGGUGUUCUUUUUCCUAUACUGUUUACAUAGAAGGACCCUGAGUGCACAUUAUGUUUUUGGUCUUCACUUGAUAUACUUAUUUCCCUUUAUUGUUUGGAUAUCUUGCUGUUUCUGUGUGAGGCCCAGCAAGGCCCGAAGCCUGGGGCUAGAGUGAGCAUGCUGAGACGAGGAGUGACUUCACGAGGAGCUUGGAUUUUAGACACUUUAUGGAACACUGUGUUGAUGUGCUUUUUUUUUUUCUCUCCAAGUUUUGUUUUUAAAGAGAUGCUUUAUAAUGAAGUAUUAGCAGGGCAGGGGGAGGGUAGUGCAUAUGAUAAUGUAAUAAUGUCAUCUUGACCCAUGUUUAUACAGGGAGAUAAACCUUUUUUUAAAUUUAAAACAAUGGCCACCGGUACUUUGCAGAUUUGAUGGUAGGUUGUUUUAUAUGCUGUAAUUAUUACAAUUAUAAUUAUUAUUAUUAUAAGUUUCAGUUGUAGGGAACACAGAUGUUAAUAUGGCUUUUCAUGAUAAGAUGGUGAGGGCAGGUGAUGAGGAAAGUAUGCAGGAGAGUGACACGGUUUUGGGGGAAACAAUGCUGUUACACUGUUAUAGACUGCUAGUACAAUGCCGCAAGGCAUCUCUCUACAGGUCACCCUCCCAAAAUAAGUCACAGUCCUCACUCAGAGGCAGAACAGAAAGACCGUGUCUACUUCUGCUACUCAGCUGGAAUAGAUGUAGAGGUGUGAAGGUAACAUCUAGACCUGCUCCCCCCACAGUUAUUUUUCAGUUUGUUUUUAAUUGCCCCGAUUGUUUUAGUUUUUUUCCCCCUGGGGUUCUUUCUUAGACAACAAAAUGUCAUAUUCUAAGCAGAGCAAGAAAAUAUAUGUGUGUUUCCCUCUUUGAAGAUGCACAAACUGGUUAAUCAAAGAAUUGCCCCAUCCCCCAAAGCUUUUCAAAAUCUGUGGUAGCAUUUUAUUUUAAGGGCCCAUUUAUAGUAUUAGAAAGCAUUGAAUCUUGAUAAGUGGGUCUACUUAUUAACUAUAGAUACAUUACCUUUUCACAUACUGUACGUUAUCACAUCAUGGUUAUCUGUUAAACAUAAUUACAUUGUUAUUGAUAUACUGUUUUGGUCAGUAUUCAAGCUGGAUGUCAGUAAAAAUACACACAGUUAAGAUGAACUAGUUUUUAAAAUAUUUCUUAAGUGCUUUACCUUUUGUUAAAUAAUCUGAUGAUCAUAAUCUGAUCAUUUAUCAACUGCUUUCUAACAGUAUAAAACAAGCCCUUGAGAUGAAAUGUGACAAAGGUUGAUUGUGUUCAGCUCUUAAAGGUAUUGAGGGAAAGCCGUUGGGUGAGUUGAGGCUGCUGUGUUGAUUUGGGCUGAUUGUGAUCUGUCUGGCCUGGAGUGUUAAGGGUGAAGGUCAGUGGUGGAGGGCUUGCCCCAGAAUCAACCGGUCGAGAGUCUGGAGACUGAAAGCCCCUCAGGUGUGCUAAAGAGAAACACAGUCCAGUCAGGACUUCAGUCCAAACCCGGGACAUCAGGACUCAGAGCCCACUAGCUGCA